AUGGCCUCCAACAAGGCUCUUGUCUUCAAGAAGAUCCCCGAGGGAUACCCCAUCCCCGGUGAGCACCUUGCCGUCGAGUCUGCCGCCUAUGACGCCAACGUGCCCGCCCCCGAAAACGGUGUCGUCGUGCAGUCGCUCUACACCAGCUUCGACCCCUACAUGCGUGGCCGUAUGCGCUCUGCUCACAUCAAGUCCUACGCUCCUCCCUUCCACCUCAAUGAGGCCCUCAACAGCCGCUCCAUCGCCAAGGUUAUCCGCUCCAACAAUGACACCUACAAGGAGGGCGACAUCGUCGUCGGCCACAUUCCCAUCCAGGAGUACAUCGCCCUGAACGGCGAGCAGACCGCUGCUGCCAUUAGCGUGCUUCAGAACCCCUUGGAAAUUGAGGACAUUCGUGUCUACCUUGGUCCCCUGGGUAUGCCCGGUCUGACCGCCUACUCGUCGCUCUAUGAGAUCGGUAAGCCCAAGAAGGGUGAGACCAUCUUCAUCUCCGCAGCGAGCGGUGCUGUCGGCCAGCUGGUUGGUCAGAUCGCCAAGCACGAGGGCCUCAAGGUCAUUGGCAGUGUCGGAUCGGACGAGAAGCUGAAGUACAUCACUGAGGAGCUGGGCUUCGACAGCGGCUUCAACUACAAGAACGAGAAGCCUGCGGACGCUCUUGCCCGUCUGGCCCCUGACGGUAUCGAUAUCUACUACGAGAACGUCGGUGGUGAGCACAUGGCGGCUGCUCUGGACGCUCUGAACAACUUUGGUCGCAUCGUUGUUUGCGGUCUCAUCUCGCAGUACAACUCGGACCCCUACCCCAUCAAGAACAUCCACAAUGUCCUCGUCAAGCGUAUUGACAUGCGCGGUUUCAUCGUCGGUGACCCUGGUAUGGGUGACAAGUACGCUGCGGACCACCAGAAGUACGUACAGCAGUGGAUCAAGGAGGGCUCCUUCAAGCCUCUCAUCCACGAGACCGUUGGUAUUGACAACUCGGCUGAGGGAUUGGUUGGAAUCUUCCACGGAAAGAACUUGGGCAAGGCUGUUCUCAAGUUUUAG